ACUCCCUUUGUUUCUAUUCACCAGAUACUCACCUAAUUCCAUACCAUUUCAACCAUGCCAUCCAACAUUAACUCAUUUGAAGAUACUUCUGCCACUUUUACUGGCUGGGCUUCGACUGGCACUGCCAACUUGAAACCAUUUUCAUACCACCCUCGACCUCUCGGCCCUAAGGAUGUCGAAAUUGAGAUCACUCACUGUGGCAUUUGCGGCUCUGAUAUCCAUACCAUCACAGAAGGCUGGGGAAAGUUAAAGAAUGGACCUUGUAUUCCAGGACAUGAGAUCGUCGGCAAGAUCGUUGCGACUGGUAGUGACAAUAGCCCUCACAAGAUUGGUGAUUUAGUCGGUGUCGGCGCCAUGGUCGAUUCUUGUCGCAGCUGUGAAGAAUGUAAGACUGGCUUUGAUCAGUUCUGUGAGGCAAAGGCCUUCACCUAUAAUGAUACUUUCAAGGACGGGCGUGGUGGUUACACCUAUGGAGGGUAUGCUGACCGAGUCCGUGUCAACGGCGAAUUUGUGUUCAAGAUCCCCUCUCAGAUCUCACCUGCUGAAGCUGCACCUCUCUUGUGCGCCGGUAUCACUACCUAUACCCCUCUUAAACAGUACGGUGCUGGUCCUGGCAAGAAAGUCGGUGUCAUCGGAAUCGGAGGACUCGGUCACUUGGGUAUCCAGUGGGCCAGAGCUAUGAACUGUGAUGAGGUCGUUGCAAUUUCUACCAGUGAUAGCAAACGUGAUGAGGCCAAGCAACUCGGAGCUACAAAGUUCAUCAACUCCAAGAAACCCGAAGAGAUGAAGGCAGCUGCUAAAUCCUUGGAUAUAAUCAUCUGUACUAGCUUUGCACUGGAUUCAGACUGGGCCCAGCUUCUCUCUUUGGUUGCUAACCAUGGCAAGUUUGUUCUCUUGGCCUUGCCUGAGAAACCUAUCAAGGUGCCCGGAAACUCGUUGAUUUCACGAGGUGUAUCUAUGGUGGGUUCUUUGAUUGGAGGCAAAGAGAUGGUCGCUGAAAUGUUGCAGUUUGCAGCUGAGAAGAACGUUCGACCAUGGAUCGAGAAGAUGCCUAUGAAUGAUGCCAACGCCGCUGUAAAGCAUAUGAUGGAAGGGCGUCCUCGCUACAGAAUCGUCAUGGAGACUGAGACCGCUUCUCAUGCCUAAAAAACUCCUUCCUACUUUCUUUCCCAUUUGAAAAAGUAUCGUACCGGUCCACUAGUUCUUAAUUAAUAAUUCAUACAAGCGCUGUUGUAAAUAAAAACAUAUGUAAAU